UAAUUAUAGAUUCAGACAAAUCUGAGUAAAGUUAGGAAACCCAAAUUUUAGCUUUUAUUUUUUACUCCCCCAAACUCCAUUUUUCACAUUUUCUCACCCUUCCCACAGCAUAAAAAUUCAAUCGUUUUUCUCUCUUUAAUUCAGGAAAAUACACAAAAUUUUCCAAAAAAUAUUUUUGGGUUUCACCAUUAGUUUUUAUGUUUCCUGCUUUUCUUCCACAUUUUUCCUGAAGAAUUUUUUUUUAAAAAAAUACUGAAAGGAGAAAUUAAAGGCCUCAGCUUUUUCCUACUUUGAUCCUAACUCUACUUACUUCAACACCGUGUUUGAGUAUGGAGGUUAGUGAGGGUUUGAGUAUUGGUGGAGUUACUGUGGUGGGAUCAGAUGCUCCCUCAGACUACCAUGUGGCGCCAAGGACCACUGAGAAUCCUACCCAAGUUGCUGGAUCAAAGCCGCCGGAGGUACCGGCCGCCGGCGGUGAAACCGCCGGAGCCACCUUAAUGAAGAAGAAGAGGGGAAGGCCAAGAAAAUAUGGCCCAGAUGGGUCUUUCACAGUGGCUCUUUCACCCAAGCCUAUUUCCACUGCUGCUCCUUCCCCUGUGAUUGAUUUCUCAGCAGAGAAACGUGGGAAAGUCCGGCCGGCCGCCGGUGGGUCAGCUAGCAAGCCACACCAGCCUAAAGUUGGGCUGGACACUUCAGGUGAUUGGGAAUCUUGCUCGGUUGGUGCUAAUUUUACUCCACAUAUAAUCACUGUGAAUUCCGGAGAGGAUGUUACGAUGAAGAUUAUAUCGUUCUCUCAACAAGGGCCUCGAGCAAUCUGUAUUCUCUCAGCAAAUGGAGUGAUUUCUAGUGUCACUCUUCGCCAGCCUGAUUCCUCGGGUGGAACGUUGACAUACGAGGGGCGUUUUGAGAUAUUGUCAUUGACGGGAUCGUUUAUGCCAUCCGAGACUGGAGGAAUGAGGAAUAGAUCAGGCGGGAUGAGCGUGUCUUUAGCGAGCCCCGACGGGCGCGUUGUAGGGGGUGGAGUUGCGGGUCUAUUAGUAGCUGCAGGUCCCGUGCAGGUUGUGGUGGGCAGCUUCAUCGCUGGAAAUCAGCACGAGCAGAAGGCGAAGAAACACAAGCCCGAGACAGUAACCGCUGCCAUCCCCAUCUCCAGCGCAGAGAUGGAAGAUCCUUACCAUGCCUCGCCCAAACCAAUCAUGUCGUCUGCCCCUUCAUUCCGCGCGGAUAACUGGUCCGCGUUGGCCCCCGCAGACUCGAGGAAUAAACCCACUGACAUCAAUGUCACACUGCCUGCAUAAGGCUGAGUAUUUUUGCAGAUGUUCCCACUGAAAUCAUAUCAUAGAUGGAUGAGUCUGUUGUAAUCUGGGUAGUUAGAUUGGAGAACUCUCUUUUUGCACUCCCACUGUUCUGUAGAAUGAUGUUAACGUUUAGAUGUAUAAUUAGGGAUGGAGUUUAACUUUCACUUUAUAAACCCAUUUAAUGAAAUUUCAGCAUUCCCAUUGUCAA